CCUCCCUCCUCAACCUUGUGCAUUGCGGUGAUGCACAUGGCUUACAUAACACCUACGCACCUUUUAUCUAUGUGCAUCUCCUUUGCACAAAUAAUUAAUAAUUGAACACUCAGCGAUCCGUGCUCUGAGCGAGUGGAGGGCAGUGAUCGAGACAGGUGCAAGGUCCUCCCUCUCUCCCUUCCGCUCCCUUCCUCUCACUUGUGCAUGGCUCUCAGCGGCUGAAGGAAGGCUCAGAGGCUCCGUGUAAGCCUGAGAUCUCUUGUGCCCUGAGGUUUGCAUAUGUGAGUGUUUGUUCACCACCAUCACCACCACCACCAAACAACCAUGAGGCUGCGGAGACUAUGGGUGCGGCACCAGGGAAAGGUGUUGAUGCUAGCGCUCCUGGCCAUGAUCCUGAUUCUGGCCACGUCCUCGACCCCACUGCGGGACAUGAUCAAGAGGGAGGAGGAGGGAGUGGUGUUAGUGGACGGGGUGAAGAAAAGGGAUUACCAUGAUUAUGAAUACCUGAAGAAAGAGCAGAAGCAGACCGGCACAGGUGAGGUGGGCGCGGCUGCCUCCCUACCGUCGGGCCUGGAGAAGGAGAAGGAUGAGCUGUACAAGGUGAAUGGGUUUAAUGCAAGAUUGUCGGAUGAAAUAGCACUCAACCGCUCCCUCAAGGACAUCCGCCAUCCCAAGUGCAAGGACAAGCUGUAUCUGACGUCCCUCCCCACGGCAGCGGUGGUCGUGCCCUUCCACAACGAGCACUGGACCACCCUCCUCCGCACUGCCACCUCCGCCUACAACCGCUCCCCGAAACACCUGCUGAAGGAGAUCAUUCUGGUGGAUGACGCCAGCACGAAAGAGUUCCUGGGCAAGCAGCUGGACACCUACCUGGCCAAACACCUGCCCAUCGCCCGUGUGGUGAGGCUGCCCGAGCGCUGGGGACUCAUCAGGGCACGGCUGGAAGGGGCCAAGCAUGCAACGGCAGAUGUUUUGAUUUUCCUCGACUCACACACCGAGUGCGCUACCAAUUGGCUGCCUCCUCUGCUGGACCCCAUCAAGCGCGACUACAAAACAGCCGUGUGUCCCUUCAUCGACGUGAUAGACUUUGAGACCUUCGAGUACCGGGCGCAGGAUGAAGGUCGUCGGGGAGCCUUUGACUGGGAGUUCUAUUACAAGCGUCUCCCGGUACUUCCUGAGGAUGAGAAGAACAUGCCUGAACCGUUCAAGAGCCCAGUCAUGGCUGGUGGACUGUUUGCGAUCAGCUCCAAGUUCUUCUGGGAGCUGGGUGGCUAUGACCCAGGCCUGGACAUCUGGGGUGGGGAGCAGUACGAGCUGUCCUUCAAGAUCUGGCAGUGUCACGGCAUCAUGGUGGAUGCUCCCUGCUCGAGGAUAGGACACAUCUACCGCAAGUUUGCCCCCUUCCCUAACCCGCGCAAGGAUAACUUUGUGGCCAGGAAUUACCGAAGAGUUGCGGAGGUUUGGAUGGACGAAUACAAGCAAUACCUGUACAUGAGGCAACCUGGAUGGCUUCAGGUAGACACAGGUGACAUUAGUGAGCAGAGGGCAGUGCGGGAGAGGAACAAAUGCAAGCCGUUCAAGUGGUUCAUGGAAAAUGUCGCCUUCGACCUCGCCAAACACUACCCUCUCGUGGAACCGCCAGACUACUGCAACGGAACUAUUAAGAGUGUGGCUGAGCCGAGUUUGUGUGUGGACUCCAAGUACAAAGGCCAGUUUGAUCGCCUGGACUCCCUGGGGACGUGUGGUGAUACCUCUCAGUUCAAGUUCCAGCUGACGGCAUACAAGGACUUGCGGCCUUUAAAGAGUCACAAUUGUUUUGACGUGCCAGACCUCAAGCAGGAGAGGGCACCGGUACUGCUCUUUGGCUGCCACAAGGGACUCGGGAACCAGAUGUGGAAGUACGACCUGACACCUCAUGGGUGGGGACACGGGCUAUAUGGAAGCUGUCAGGGUCAAGCGCGUAUGUCCCUCCGAGGAGGGACCACAGACCCUUGCCAGGUGGUGGCUCACGAAGGGGAGGGGAGGAUGUCAAUAGACCGACUCUGUUGGCUGACGUCAGCCUAGCCAACCAUGUCGAUCGUUCGACGAGGACUGGCGAGUCUCUUUGUACAAGUGGAAGAUGUGAGCGUGGGUUCCCUUUGUUCGCCGCAAGACGGGAGUGCUUAAAGCGGAAAACAAUGGGAAUGGAGUCUCAGUUAACCUUUAAAGGAUGGCUGGCAGGAAUUCCUGCUUGGGUGGAGAAAGGCAGAGUGUGGGAAUUCCCGUCAUCCAGUUUCCUGCCAAGAUUUGUUGUUUCUUUCAUCAUGUAAAUGAAAGAUUGGUGGUGUAAAAGCACUAUGAACUAUUGUUUUGGUCUCAUAUUGCUUCACAGGGCAUUGCUGAAGAACACCUAUUUCGCCAAAUUUUUAUCAAAGUGGCACACGCUUGUGAGCAGAAAAUCACCCUCUUGCCCGUCCUUCAGGGGUUAGGGUUGCCACCUUGCGCUAAAAUAAAUGAGGAAUGCACCAUCCCAUUUUACAAUACAGAACGAAUCCAUAUUUUAAGGAACGGGUGACAACCCUAAAAUUUCUCUAGCUUGCCACGACUGACAGCUGCUGCCCGCUGCUGGCGAAGACAGGAGGAAGAGGGAAGGACAUUACAAUGCAUAAUAUACAUGUACAGAUGCCCCCCUUCGUUCGCGGCCUCACCGUUCACGGAUUCGCUUAUAUGCAGGUAGGGUAAUUGUGACACCCCCCACCGAACGCGGAUGAAAACUUGCGCAUAAAGCGGUCUGAUCCUUACUUAGUGCCGCUUUCACAGUCACUUUGUUUGUUUUGACUGUUACAUAUGAGCGGCGAUCGCUGCUACAGUAUUUCCACGUGAAAGUGGCCGAUGGGGUAGUGGUGGCUGCAGAGGAAGCAAGAGGUGUUGAGCGUGUGUGGCAAGGUGUGGGGUGGGGCUAACCCCGCAGCCGCCACUACUCCAUUGGCUAGUUUCACGUGGAAAUACUAUAGUGGCGAUCGCCGCUUAUUUGUAACGAUCAAAACAAAAAAAAGUGACUGUGAAAACAGCCCUAAAUCCCAAUAUUUUACAAUUAAAAUCCUUGAUACUUACUGGGACCUGCCAGAACUGGUCCUUUUUAAAGACUCGAGGCUACUGCUUUGAGGAGUAAACAAAAUUGGCAGAGACUGCAACAGUGGCGGAGGGGUAACGGGUAUAAAGUUUGUACGGGCAUACAACCGGGAACAGCAACAAAUGGACCUUCCAAGGGCCCAGUAAACACUCAAAUCAAUUAAUAAUAUAUUGGAUGUAUAUGGAUAUACAUAUGAAUGUUAACACAAAGGGGAGAGACGAGAAUUAACUAAUACUUGAUGGCUGGGUGGAAAACGAGCAAUGCGGUGUUCUUACCUUUCAAGGGCCCAGUAAACACUGAUGCCACAGGCUGAUUGCAGUGUUGCCAAACUAUCGUACUCAUCGCAUUGCAUUUUUUCAUAGUUUCCGAUCGAUAACUACCGCAAAAACACCACUCGCCCGCCAACCACCAUCGCCUACACACUCAUACUCACCACAACCAAGCACAGAGUGAGUGUUAAAUUAUUACAGUCCAUAUUUAAUUUGUGAUUUAUAUGUAUGUAAAACUAUAUAACAAUGCUGAGAAAUGCCUUAGAAAUCCUUUUUUUUUAUUCGAUCGAGAUGGUAGAACAAAACCCUAUUUUAACUAUUUGAUUAUACUCACGUCGAUCGCGGAUUCGCGGACCACAGGAAUCUCACGGAACCAAACACCCAUGAACGGCGGGGGGCUUCUGUAUUUCAGGAUGACCCUUGACAAACAAUUUUAUGGACUAGUUUUGUGGUUCACCAAAAAAUGAGCUCACUACAGUUUUAAAAUACUGAAUUUUAUCUGCUGAACCAUUCAGACAGCCAAAUAUGGAAGAAAUGGCAUAAGUAAAGUUAGGUAUGGUUAGUUUAAUCUAUUCGGCACACAUUGUGGGGCGGCAGAAACACGUAACGCAGCGCAGGAUGGGACAUGGCGGCGGUCCACUAUAUGCGGGUCAGUGUUUCGAGAAAUACCUCCUCGCAGAAACGAGUCGCUCUGCUGUUCAAUACGCAUGCACACUGGGGGAAUACAUAGCAGGGAAAAUAUUAAUUUGCCUGGGUUUUUUCUAGUUUAUCCACUUGUGAUUUUUGUGAGCAAUGAGUGAUAUAAAGAAACAGUAAGCAAGUUAAACCUCUCUGCCAGCUAUAUUGUGGCUGCGGCAGCGGGUGCACAACAGGCAAUUGAAAAGUCAAUAAUUUAUUGAUUUCCGAAGAAAAAGUAACUACCUCCAUAAUAAACAGCAUCAUGUUUUGUCCAGUCAGCAUCUCUAAAUUAGUAGGCUACCCUCUUGUGAGUAAUCCUUCUUGCCCAAUAUAGCAGCAUGUUUGCCUAGCUUCACCUAUCACCUGACUGAUUCUUUGACCAAAUAGUUGUAAAUAUUGCACUUGCCAGAAUCUCCCCUCCCUAUUUCAUUCAGUUUUUAUUUUAUUUUGAUUCUCAUAAAAAUAUUUCAAAAUCCGAAAAAAUAAAACAUCCACAACACUCUUGGUCCUAGGAUCAUUGGAUAAGGGAUUCUCAACUUAUAUUACUAAAAGUGUGUGUGUGUGUGUGUGUGUGUGUGUGUGUGUGUGUGUGUGUGUGUGUGUGUGUGUGUAUGCAUUGGUUGCUAUACAUAUUCAUUCUACAAUUUUUUUUUCCCCUUGAUGAACUUGUCUAUUCAUCUUUUUUUCAUCCUCUUUGUGUGAUUCACAUUUUGCCAACAAUAAAUAUGUUUGAUAUGAAGACA